AUGGAGACCUCGAUGGCUUCCGAGGAUACGAGGGCCGGAGGCCGCUCACGUCGUGUCUCGCAACCGCCGGCAUACCUGCGUUCGUCAUACCAGUUGACGAUGCCGCGAGGUCGGCUGUCGAACGGGAAGCGUGGGGCGACCGUUCCCAAGCGCUUGAGCUUGUCCACUAAGGGAAAGGAGGUGGCACAUUCAGAGCAAGAUGACGGCACGGGUGCAGAGAGUGCAGAUUCGUCUGAGCGCAGCGAGGAAGAGGACGAGGAAAGCGAAGACACAUCGGCGCCAGGAUCACAAGAGGAAUCCGCCGACCAGGGCGCUGGAGGGAAGACGCACGACGAUGGAUGUGCGGGAAUAUCCGCGGCCAAUGCUGACAGGCGCACACAUCAAGAUGCGCGGGACACUCAUGUGUCUCGAGGCGACGGCCGAGGACAGGCGGACGGACUUGUUGGCCGCACACGCGUGAACACCUUGGACGCCAACGGCGAUGACGUGCGCAUCCCUAGCCGGAUCCUCGAGCAACUCAUACAGGCGCAGGACAAGAGCGCCAAGGAGAACGCGCGUUUGGAGGCGCUGUUCUUGAAUGCGAUGUCUCGCCCUUCCGGUGGCUCUGGUAAGCGUAAAGCUCAGAAGCAGAGAGACCCGGGGCAGGGUUGUAUGAACCCGAAGCGACAGCGUGUCUCCUAUUCUGCAACGCGCUUUGGAGCAUUUGCCGACGGACAAGGCAUGGAAGGUGAGCGGGCAUGUUACCGUUGGGGCCUUUUUUCCGUUCGUCGUGUUGGGCUGCCAUGUGGGUCAGGUGAUGGUUACCGGUUUGCACUUAUAUCAUGUUUUGUGUACACCGUAUGUGCGCAGAGGGUUUGCGAGCUGGCCAGGGUGCACAUGUUUCUCAACAGGCCGACGUCGACGAUGACCUUCUACCCGAGCAGCGACGAUAAGACUCACGGAGUGUGUGCGGUGCUGGACCGCCUGCCGCAUAGCUUCGCCUGUUUGGCGCUGGCUGCUGACAAGUCGCGUCGCGCGGAUCUCAACAAGACGCUAUCUGAGUGGAAGACAAGGGCUGCCGCACGCGUGCGAGACAUUGCACUUCCCAAGCUCGGAUUGUUCCGCGACGACAGGGACGCAUCCAGCCCAUGGGCGCCCGAGAAGGCACGCAGUAUCGAUAAGAUCCGGGAGCGCAUUGGUCUUGGCGCUGACCCCCCUGAAACCCUGGUGCUCACGAGCUGGGCGAACGACCGUGACGGCAUGCCGUUUGCCUCCCGGGCGUUCGCGACAUGCGCGAAGGCUGCAUUCAGGCCCAAGAAGGCCGGGCUGGUGAUGACACUGAAGGUGUACCACCUGGCCUGGUUGGAGCAUGUGGUCUCCGACUGCGUCCUCUACUGGGAGGAGAGGAAAGGCCGGCUUUCCAACUCGGCCGGCGGCAACGCACACGUCGUGGACGGCCUCAAGGUCCUGGUGAAGGAGGUCGUGGAGAGGGCGAUCAGGAUCCGCAACCCGGAGUAUGACGCGGAGCGAGAGGCGUGGAUCUGGGGGCGCCAUGGACUGCGCAUCUCUGCGUGCGGCCUGGAGCACAUGAAGCCCACCGCCGCAGCUCAGUCCGAAGAGCAUGAGGGGGACGACGACCUCUCGGCGUCAGUUGGUGAUGAGUAG